AUGGUUCGCGAUGAUAUCUGUGUUCGUGAUGAGUUUACCCCCUAUGACAAUUCCAAGGCCGGAAGGCGCGGCAUUGGCCGCUGUGUUGAGAUCCCUCUGCACCUUCAGGCGCAGGUAAGGAAAUCGAUACGGCGCCAUCGCCGCGUUGGAUGGUCUCGACGAAUGUCUCGUCGACGGGCUAAACUUGACAAGGAGAUCACCCAGUGGCGUAAAGCACAGGAGCACACGGUAGCGACGGCUUCGGCUGCUCCUGCCAUGAUUGCAGAUCUUCAACGCCAGCUUGUGGCGGCAAAUGAGCGCGUUGGGGAAUUGGAGGAGGAGCUUGAGAGCCUCCGUCGGCACGUGGCGGAAGUUAACGGCUAUCAACUCGAAGACUACGCCUCGACCACCUCCUCGUUGGCGCAAUGGGCCGAUGAAUUCGACUCGGAGUCUGACGUUGAGACGGCGGAGGAUUCUUGA